AACAGAGUAUCAGGAAACUUCCUCUGAUACUCUUAAAUCAUACAGUUAAUAUGAGGUUUCACAUCCCCAUUUUCAGAGGUCAUGUGGGUCAUAUAAUGGGGUCAAAAAUAGAAUUAUUCAUUCAUUAAUGUACCCUCAACCACCAUCAUCAUCGUCAUGUCGCAGACAGAGAGAGAGAGAGAGAAAGAGGAAGAGGAAGGAAUGUUAACUUAAAUCAUCGUCAGCUUCCUGAUUGAUCAGACAGACAUAUAGAGGCAGUUCUCUGACAGUUUGAUGAUUUUCUGCAUCAGGAUCAAACUCAGAAUGAAUAUCCACCAUGUUCUGUUCUUCUGCUUCUUAUCAGCACUGCAGGAUGGAAACACUGGACUCGUCAAUGCAAUAACAGGUUUUGCUGGAGCUGAAGGAGGAAGUGGUUCACUUAUUUGCUCCUUGACUUCAUCUGGAAGCACCAAGUUCUUCUGUAAAGGAGAAUGUAAAGAAGAAGACAUUCUCAUUAAAACAGAUGAUGUCACAGCUCAGAGUGGCAGAUACAGCAUCAGAUAUGAAGACGGAUCUUCUGGAAGAAGAACUGUGACUGUGACCAUCACACAGCUGACCAAGUCAGACUCAGGGCGGUACAGAUUUGGUUUGGGUGGAUCUUCAGUCCCAGAUGAUUACUGUGACUUUGAGCUCAUAGUUACAGAUGCUGCAACGUUGGGUCAAAACACCAGUUUCUCCCGUGCAGAAACUGUGGGAGGAAGUGUCACACACGGAUGCCUCAAUACUGUCUAUGGAAGCAGGAAGUUCUUCUGUAAGAAUGAAUAUAAAAAAGAAGAAGACAUCCUGGUUGAAACAGAAGAGAACAGAGCUCAGAAUGGCAGAUACAGCAUUGAAUAUAGAGAAGGAUCUGUAUUUGGACUGUAUGUGACCAUCACACAGCUGAAGAAGUCAGACACAGGAUGGUACAGGUGUGGUUACGGCAGAGCUUCGUCUCCAGAUUCAUCCUACACGUUCUCGAUCUUUGUUGUCGAUGUCCCAUCAGCCUCCACACCAAGAACAACACAGAGUUUAAUCUCCAGUUCAGGAAGCUUCACACCUUCAUCAUCUUUCCCUGAAACCACAGAGCAGUUUACAGCACUGCAGGAUGGAAACACUGGACUCGUCAAUGCAAUAGACCUUUUUGCUGGAGCUGAAGGAGGAAGUGGUUCACUGAGUUGCCACUUGACUUCAUCUGGAAGCACCAAGUUCUUCUGUAAAGGAGAAUGUAAAGAAGAAGACAUUCUCAUUAAAACAGAUGGUGUCACAGCUCAGAGUGGCAGAUACAGCAUCAGAUAUGAAGACGGAUCUUCUGGAAGAAGAAUUGUGACUGUGUACAUCACACAGCUGACCAAGUCAGACUCAGGACGGUACAGAUAUGGUUUGGGUGGAUCUUCAGUCCCAGAUUCUUACUGUGACUUUGACCUCAUAGUUACAGAUGCUGCAACGUUGGAUGACAACACUCGUUUCAUCCGUGCAGGAACUGUGGGAGGAAAUACCACAAAAGGAUGCAGCAAUACUGUCUAUGGAAGCAGGAAGUUCUUCUGUAAGGAUGAAUGUAAAAAAGAAGAAGACAUCCUGGUUGAAACAGAAGAGAACAGAGCUCAGAAUGGCAGAUACAGCAUUGAAUAUACACAAGGAUCUGCAUUUGGACUGUAUGUGACCAUCACACAGCUGAAGAAGUCAGACACAGGACGGUACAGGUGUGGUUACGGCAGAGCUUCAUCUCCAGAUUCAUCCAACACGUUCUCGAUCAUUGUUGUAGAUGCUCCAAUCACUUCAAAACCAAACUGGACUCUCCGACCUUUUCCAACAUCAGUCCCAUCAGCCUCCACACCAACAACAACACAGAGUUUAAUCUCCAGUUCAGCCAUCUCUGAGGUCUCUCGUCCAUGUGACUUUUGGCCUCUGGUUGUAUGUGUGCCUGUGAUUGUUGUGCUGUUGGCUGUUGUUCUGCUGCUCCUCUACAAACUGAAGAAGAGGAGGAACUCUGGUUUGAACACUAGAGGAACCUCAGACAGCAGAAACAUGGAGUUAUCUGUCAGCCAUAAGAACUGUCCUCCAGUCUCCAUGUAUGAAGACAACAUCUACCAGAACCUGGAUCUGGACUAAACCUACUCUGCACUCACAGCAAACACAUGAUGAUGUUUGGAUUUGGAUCUGGAUUCUGUACUGUGCAGGUUAACAUGUGCUGCAAGGUUCCAGUUUGUUCUACUUUCUUUCUUUUUUCUGUUUAAUCGGCAGAUAUUAACUAACCAUGCUAUCAACUAAACAUGCUAUUUUUCACCUCUAUGCUGAUGAUACAGAACUGAUCAUGUUUCUAAGAAUGUUCAACUUCUUACUUGCUUAUUCUGAAAUGUUCAUUCUGUCUUCAAAAAUGUAGAUGUUGUUUGAUAUUGUUCUUCUACACUUAAAGCCAAAUUACAUUCAUGUUCGACUAAAUUGCAACAGCACACAUUUUGUUAGAAACAUAACACUGCUGAAUCACAUUUUCUCUCAAAGUGAUGAGAAAAUAUUGUUAAUUCA